AUGAUUUCGUCCGAGGUAAUACCGGUGAGGUCAAACUCUGAUGUGUGGCCCGCGCUGCUCGGGGCGGCUACACUGCACGGGGAUAUGGACAUGGCCAACAUUGCGUCAAGGGAGGUCUUCGAGCUGAGCCGCAAGGGGAGACCGGGCGCCUACAUGGCAUUCUCCUACACACUUGCGGCAGCCGAGAAGUGGGAUGACAUGCAUGACGUUAGGGAGAUGAUGAAACAACAAGGCAUGCUGAAAGACACUGCCUGCAGCUGGGUCGGCUCUGAGAACCCGCCACUUGUCGACUGA